GCUCCGUGUGCUGACCGCAGCUGCCUGCGGCACCGGUGUCCUGCUCUUCGUGGCCGGCUAUGCAGCAUCACCUGCGCAGGCCUUCGUGACCGCACCAUGGCAGGAUCUCCGAGAGCCCAAAGUCGCCCAGCGCGUGUCGCACGGCGGCUACGCGCACGCGAAAUAUCGCAAGGAGCUCCGGACCAUGACAGAUGAAGAACUCCAUGAGACCAUCACGAAAGCGCGUCGAAUGACGCUGCACCAUCGCAUGGAGAAAUUCCGACGAAAACAGCCGUCAGCCGGCAGCUUGUACGAGUGGCAGUACAAGAUCGCCCUGGCCAAGACCUUCCUCAAGCAGCGAGAGCUUGCUGCAGCAGCGUCAGUCGAUCCUGAGGAUAGCGAGCCGCUGUCGGAAGAUGCACCGGACAGGCCGACACUUGCAAACUGGAUGAAGGAGAACGAGGAUUUGGAUUCGGCUGAGACCGAGUGGUACGCGCGUCCAGGCUGGGGAAGGCUGCGGAACGAGAAGCUGGAGUUUCCCAGAGAGAUCGCCUUCGAGAGGAGGUAUUACGAGAAGUACGACAAGGAGUACAAGACCAAGGCGUCAAUUGGCGUUCCCUUCAACAAAGGGGCGAUCGAUCUCAAAAAAGCUCGGAAAGAGGCCCGGAAGGCAACAGCGGCAGAGGCCUUGCCUUCAAAGCCGCAGGUUCCUGAUGCUAGCCUCCUUCUCUGGGAGGUCCCCGCCAUGGGGCCGGCGCUGGUGAUGGAGUCUGCCCUCGCACCAGCUGAGCCCGCUGUAAGCAAGAUUUCCUGCUUUUCCGUGAUCAGCCUUCGCAAAGAAGAGCUGCAGCUCGCACUUUGCAUCCUACAGCCGCUUUCCGACGUGAGUUGUGGCAUGUGCUACCGCAUCCGCAGGCUCUCUUUUCUGCGAGAUCCCAAUGCAAGUGUGACGAUGGAGCAGGAACUGAGAGGACGCUCGAUAGCAGUUAUCACUCGCCUAGUGUCACGCCAUCCAAGAGACCUUUACGUGUUCGAUGAAUGCUUCUCCUUCGUUGCUGAUGGGCCAACAGAGACGACGCAGCUUCUGAAACCCACCAAAGCUGCUCCAGAUGGCAAAGCCACAGGCCCCCAGCUCACGCUCAACCUCGUGGUUUGUGGCCUCGGCACUGGGAUUUUCACACUGCCUUGGAGUACAGCAGGUGCGUCCUGUACGGUGGGCGUUCUUAUUGUAGCAGGCGUUCUGGCACUGAAUGCUUGGACCAUCUUCAUCUUAAUCGAGGCGGCCGAGGCCCAUCAGGCUUUUGAUAUUGGAUCUUUAUUGUCGAGCUUGCCCGGAGCUCUCGGACGAGUAGCUCCACCGGUGGUAAAUGCAGUUAUUUGGAUUGGAGGCUUCUUUUGUCUCGUCUCCUACGUGAUAGUCAUCGCCGAUUGUGCUGGCCCGAUUGCCGGAGUGGCAGCGUGGAAGCUGAAAGCUUUGACCUCCGUUUUGGUCCUUCCUAUUUGUUUCUUGGAAGUGGCCCCAGUUCAGAUGCUAGGGCGACCUGCACGGGUCUGCAGAUUCUGCCGUCGGAGACAGCUUCGAGAAAUGUGA